UCCAGUCAAGUCAUUGGGAGAGCUGCCUUUGUCAGGGUGACUCGGAAUGCCGUCCGCUGUCACAUCCAUCGUUGUUCUGCUUUUGACCUUCUGCUUCUCCACAGCUGUCAAUGGAGACCAGGAAACCGUCGACAGCAGACGGUCGUUAAUUGUGAUUUACGAUCGAUGGGCCGACUUUUCUCCUUCCAGCCAACGGCAACAAGACAUCCAUGCGAAGUCCGUCUUCGACACGAUAGCGUCGACUCACGGCAUCACCGCUGAAUACCUUCGGAUCCCUUACCAAGAUAUUUUCUUUCAUAAACUUUGGCGCUCAAAAAAUGUAACGGGUGUGGUCAGCGUCGGCGAGUGCAUUCUCGGUGACGCCGUGCUGAGCUCUGGGAAGAGGAGUGGGACGCCAUCUCUGGCAUUCGACAAUGAAUAUUGUGCGAGGAGUCCUGCUUUCACGUCCGCUUCCUUACCCAUCUAUAGAGUCAAGAUCCAUCGCCGCUACCAAUGCGCUGCUCAUAUCCUUCAUCAGUGGCUGUCGACUCCACGGAAAAAGCCAAAAUCGCAGCCCACUCCCCGAAAUCCUUUGUUACCACGAGAUUCGAUGCCGUCCGGCAAAGGAAAUUACCAACAAGAAUAUUUAAACUGCGUCGGUGCUGACAUCUUGUUGAACAUCAACGAGAUCGAUCCCAAGUUUCCCCCUUCGGAUAUGAAACUCGAGUUGGGCAGGAGGUAUCUUAACGAGAGGAAUCUCACCGUCGUCACUAUCCACCGCCCGCCAUUCGUAAAGCUGGAGCUAAAUGGACAAAAAGUCCUUAGAGCUGAGGGCUUCUGUUUUGAAAUGUUGGACGUCAUGGCUGAAAGAUUUAACUUCAAAUACAGCCUGGUUCUUCCUUACGAUGGCAACUGGGGAGAAGAUGCCAAUGGUACCUUCAAUGGCAUGGUUGGUAUGGUCAAUCGUCACGAGGUGGACAUGGCGAUAGCUGGCUUCACGAUAACCUACGUCCGAGAGACGGUGAUCGACUUCACGGUUCCCUUCUACGAUGAGCCGACAACGAUUCUCAUUCCUCCUCCGACUGAGGAAAACGAUUUUCUGGCUUUCCUCAGUCCGUUCUCAUGGCAGGUGUGGUUUGGAACCCUUGUAAGCGUGUUAGCUGUGGGAUCUCUGAUGUCCUUCAUGGCCACCGUGGGGAAUGCGCCUUUUCUUUACCCUCACGAUAAUUUCCGAGUUUCCUACUCCUGGUUUCGAUACGUCUCCGACUGCGCCCUGAUUCUGGCUGGACAAGGUAACCAAAUGAAACAGAACGAGUCUAUCAGAGUGAUGAGCGCUGUGUGGCUAACCGUCAGCAUGAUCGUCAUCUAUACAUACACGGGAAAUCUUAUAGCUUUUCUGACGGUACCCAAAAUAAGCAACCUGAUCAACUCCUUGGAGGAACUGGCCAACCAGAGGGAGGUCCUCUGGACAUACAGAGCCAAGACCGCGCACGACGAACUCUUCUCUACAGCACCGGCGCCAGGCACUUACCACAAGAUUGGACAACUUUUAAAAGAGAGGCCUUCCCUUAUCGUCCAGUCUGAUAAUGAGGGCGUCGCAGCCGUGCUUCGUGGGAAAAUGGCGUUUAUCAAGGAAAAAUCAUGGCUCGAUUUUGCGAUGGAAAAGGACUUUUUGGAAACUGGUCAGUGUCGGUUAUCCCAAGUAAAUCAGUUGUUCUUCAGCGCUGGUUUUGGAUGGGCUCUUCAAGAGGAAUCUAUCUACCUUCCCCUGAUCAAUGACGAGAUUCUGAGGAUGAUGCAGUCCGGACUCUUCACCAUUUGGCGGCAGAAAUAUUGGCCUAAACCCAACAAAUGCACCGCUGGCAAAACCACCCCAACCGGCCCCAGAGCUCUUCAUCUUGGCAACUUUCUGGGCCAUUUUUUUCUCCUGGGAGUCGGCGUUGGUGUCGCCCUCUUGGUGCUGGCUGUGGAGAUUAUCCAUCGACCAAAACAACAAGGAGAUAAAAUUAUGGCUAUCGAGAAAAAAUAGGAAUUCAUACUGGUUCAUAUCUUGGCAGGAAAUGUGUCAUUUCGACCUCUGAUUUUCUUGCAGGUGCGUUGUUACUCUCGGAAAUCAAAAUUGGACGUGAAAAUUCAUUAAGUAUUUAAGGUAAUAUCUCUGCAACCAAAGGAUAAUCCACAAUCCCAUACAUUCGUCGAUUUACAUUUGAAAGGAAAUGUACAUAUACAAAUUAGUCAUGGAAGUUAUAACAAGCAGGUCAUGGCAGGGCACUGAGAAAGACAUUACUAGUGCAAGUGCCAUGCAACUGCAGAACUGAAAUUUCUGCUAUUUUAAGAAAUGAAUUAUUAUUUCGAAUUAUUAUUUCAACAUACUUAAGGAUGGUUUUGCAAGACCGUGUUACAUUAAAAACAUUUAGGAUGCUACUCCUUGGUGUUUAUCAAUUCAUCCUUAAUGUAGUAUACUGUACAUGACUAUA